AUGGAUCUCGAGAUUAUUGCGAGACAUAUCCAGCUUUUAUCCAAACUGCUGAGUGUAGAGCCACUUUCUGAAGUUUUCAAGGAAGGGGGGAAGAGGAUCCCAGUUCAUGCGUUUAAGACUGGUGGAGGGAAAGUGAUCGGUCUCGAGGAAGCGAAGAGUAUUACGCGGGAGCAGCUGAUGAGCAAUUAUCACCCGAUGGGGUCGUGCAUGAUGGCGCUGAGAGAGAAAGGAAGUGUGGUGAGUGAGACGUUGAAGGUUUAUGGCUUGAAGGAACUGAGUGUCCGAAGGGGAAUAUUAUUACGAGUGUUUACGCGACGGCGCAGAAGGCGAGUAAUUUGA